AGAUGCCCAUGUUGAGCCCCCACUCCCUGAAACCUGACACCCUGCACCUGCCACCUGGGACCUCGGAGUUCCUAGGCUGCCAGCGGCGCCACACACUCCCUGCCAGCGAGUUCCGUUGCCUUACCCCCCAGGAUGCCAUCAGCGUGUUUGAGAUUGAGCGUGAAGCCUUUAUCUCUGUCUCCGGUACCUGUCCCCUCUACUUGGAUGAGAUCCGACACUUCCUAACUCUCUGUCCAGAGCUGUCGCUGGGCUGGUUUGAGGAGGGUCGCCUUGUGGCCUUCAUCAUCGGCUCACUUUGGGACAAGGAGAGACUUACUCAGGAGUCACUGACACUGCACAGGCCUGGAGGCCGCACCGCCCACCUGCACGUCCUGGCGGUGCACCGCACCUUCCGGCAGCAGGGCAAGGGCUCUGUCUUGCUGUGGCGAUACCUGCACCACCUGGGGAGCCAGCCAGCCGUGCGCCGGGCUGUGCUCAUGUGCGAGGACGCACUGGUGCCCUUCUAUGAGAAAUUUGGCUUCCAGGCGGUGGGCCCGUGCGCCGUCACCGUGGGCUCCCUCACCUUCAUGGAGCUACAGUGCUCCUUACGGUGCCAUGCCUUCCUGCGCAGGAACAGCGGCUGCUGACCCAAGCUGCCCACUCGGCCACGGAGAGGGUGGGGAGCAGCAGGCUUGGGGUUCCUAAUUCCCACGCCACACCCUCCUCUGCCUAGAGCCCAUCCAAGUAGAGCUGGCUAGCAUGAAGGGAGAGACGGCAGCCGCCAGCUGGAGUGCAGAGGUAAGGAUCAAUGCAGAGGGCAGGAGGUGGCCCUGCCUCAGCACAGGCUGCCAUCUGUCCCCAAAGGACCUCUUGCAUUCUGAACUGUGCACAAAGCCAAGACCAGGAUGGGAAACCAGAGCGGUGGGAGGUCUGUCCCCACACACUUCUGCCUCUACCAGCUCUGUUUCCGCACCCCAGUGCAGCGCCCUGAUUCUUGGGGUCCUUGCUCUCCCCAGACUGACACCCCUUCCUGGAUCCUAACUGGGAAUGAGGGCCAGCCAGGAGC